AUUAAUUAGUGUCUAUUCUUUGAAAGUGAAACGUGAGUGAGGAUGUCUAUACUUUUUCAAGCAGGAUGUACUUUUAUCGUUUGUUAUUCUUGUUUAACAAUGUCGUUGAUGUACGCCUGGCCCUCAUCAACUAUUAAAAUAUUUUUAUCUGCCAAUACUACCUUGAAUCGACCAAUGGACGACAAUGAAAUAGCGUUAUUUGGAAGUUUCUCUUCAAUGAGUGCUAUAUUUGUUACGCCAUUUUCGGGAUAUCUUCUGGAUAAAAUUGGCCGAAAGAACUGCUGUAUUUUAUUCUCUUUGCCACAAGUGAUCUCAUGGCUCAUAGUGUCAAUUAGUGUAAGAGUUGAAGCGAUUCUCGGUGCUAUGUUUAUAUCUGGGUUUGGUGGCUGCAUAUUACUGCUAGCUCCUGUCUACGUUAGUGAGUUCUGUCAGGAAUCUGUCCGGGGAAUGAUGUCGUCAGUUUCCAUGAUAUUGUAUGGCCUUGGUAUCUUGGUAUCGUAUCUAUUAGGAGGAUGCUUGGAGUAUCAGACGAUGACGUACGUCUGUCUAUCGAUGUCUGUGCUUGGUAUACUAAUGCUGUGGCCGCUGAAGGAAUCGCCGUUGCAUUUAAUGAAACAGAAUAAUGAAGAGGAUGCUAUAAAAGCCGUUGCAUUCUUUAGAAGAGUAGAAAAAGAUUCCAAAGCGAUAACACAAGAGAUAAAUGCAAUAAAAAGAGUUCUCUGUGCGGACAUUGAAAUUACUCCAGAAGAAGAAAGUUUAAAUCCGUACACGAAAAAGAAGGAAAAGAUAUCGAAAUGGCAGUUUCUUAAAAAAUCUCGUUCUACCCGUCGUGCGUUGUUCGUGGCUUUAAUAUUGUACUCAGCGACGAUGUUCCAAGGUUUAGUAGGGGUACAAGUGUAUGCUGACCCAGUCUUUGAAGAGGCACUACCGAAUAUGCCAACAACACUCGCUUGUGUUAUCUUGGCUAUAGUGUUUGUGGCCGCAGGAUGUGCUGCUGCGUAUUUGAUGGAUAUUGCAGGAAGACGGCCUCUAAUGAUGUACUCAUCGUUCAUCGCUGGCGUAUGCUGCGUUGGUUUAGGCACUCAGAUCCAUCUGCACUGGGGUCCUCACUGGCUUACUGGCGUCUUCGCAUACAUCUUCUGCAUUGCUUAUAAUAUCGGCGCUGGUACUGUUCCUUAUGUGUUUAGUGCUGAAGUCUUCUUACCCGAAAUUAAAAGUCUUGUAUCAAUGCUCUCGAUGGAAUGGGCGUGGAUAUGCAACUUUGUAAUUCUGUACAUCUUCACACCUUUGGUCGCUGCUAUAGGCUUAGGGCCGGUCUUCUACGUUUUUGCUAUCGUCUGCUUCGCGUCUGCGGUUUUUAGUUACUUCUUCUUACCAGAGACGAAAGGAUUACCUGUAGAUGUUAUACAGACACUUCUAGUAAAGAAUUAGAUAUCAAUGACUUGUUGAAAUCAUGGAUUUUAUUGGAACGAAGUGAAUUUUGUAUUUUGAUUUUUUUCAUGUGAAUUAUUAUUUGUAGAGUUUAAAGCUUGAUGCUUUAGCUAGGAUGUGGUUGACAACAGUCAAUAGGGUUCGUACCCAAGACUCAUUUUGCCAGAUGAUUAGUUCUAGUGAGGAGGCCCUUUGUAGGACUCUGCCCCCCAUAAUGGGGGGCAAAACACCUCGGUUCCUCCAACGCCUUAAGCCGGGGUCACGGGUACGCUUUCGCUUACGUCCGCAACCCCGGCCUGAGUGAGGAGGGUCCUAUAACAAGGUCAGAAGGAUGGAUGAAAGGUAUCCUUAAGAGUGAUUGUGUCACUCCUAGGAGCGGACGCACACGUUUGACUAAACUAUCGCAUUGUGCGAUUGUCAAUUGUUUCGCAGUAAAUUUAACUAUUUAUUUGCACAACUAAAAGUCGAGAAGUCCCUUCCACAUAAGCUCAUAUGAAUCAAAGCGAGACUAAACAGUUUGCUAUAGUCUAAUGUGUGCGCGAGUUCUAAAGUGACACUGAGGGGAAAUUUAAUGUGACCCAUAGAUACACUGCCAUUUGCGAUAUGCAUUUAUUUUUUGUAAUUUAUUCUUAAGAUUUUUUAACAUUUUUUUCUAU